CAUACCAAUAUACCAAGAUCAAGCUUCAAUGGCUCUCUAUACCACACUUCUUUGGCUUUCACUUCUCCUAUUUCUUCCUCUAAUAGUAAUGCUUCUCAUGAAAAUGAAGAUAGUGAAGAGACAGAACAAGCAGCUUCCUCCCGGCCCUCCUAAGCUUCCCAUCAUUGGUAACUUGCACCAGAUUGGUACGUUGGCUCACCGCUCCCUAUGGCAGCUCUCCAAGAAAUAUGGCCCGGUCAUGUUUCUGAAACUCGGUAGCAUUCCUACUCUAGUAGUCUCAUCCGCGGAGGCUGCAAGAGAGGUCCUGAAAAUUCAUGAUCUUGACUGUUGCAGUAGACCACAGCUAGCUGGCAUUCGAAAACUUUCAUACAACUAUAUAGACAUAGCUUUUGCACCAUAUGGUGAUUACUGGAGGGUAAUGCGGAAAGUUUCUGUUCUUGAACUCUUUAGCACAAAGAGGGUUCAGUCAUUUCACUUCAUCAGAGAAGAAGAGGUUUCUUUGAUGGUCAACUCCAUUGCCCAAUUAUCCUCUUCUACAACUGCUGUUGAUCUUGGUGAGAAUAUGCUUUCCCUUACUGCAAAUAUAACCUGUAGGGUUGCUUUUGGGAAGAGUUUUAGAGGAAGUGGAUUCGAUAGUGAUAGAUUUAAAGAAAUGAUUUAUGAAGCCAUGACGAUGUUAGCUUGCCACUUUUCAUCUGAUUUCUUUCCAUCCGUGGGAUGGAUCAUCGACAGGCUCACUGGUCUCCAUGGGAGGCUUGAGAGGAUUUUCCACGAAUUAGAUGCUUUCUACCAAGAGGUGAUCGACGAUCACCUCAAUCCUGGGCAUGUCAAACAGGAUCAAGAAGACAUUAUUGAUAUUCUGCUGAGAAUGGAGAGAGAUGAAGCUGAACUUGAUGCAUUCCACUUCACUAAGGAUCAUAUAAAGGCAAUUCUCAUGAAUAUAUUCCUGGCUGGAGUAGACACCGGUGCAAUUACCAUGGAAUGGGCAAUGGCAGAGCUUGUUCGGAACCCCAAAUUGAUGCAUAAAGCACAGGAUGAAGUCAGAAACUGUGUUGGAAAGAAAGGAUAUGUCUCCGAAAGUGACCUCGAUCAGCUUCACUUCCUUAAGAUGGUGGUGAAAGAAACAUUAAGAUUGCACCCUCCUGCUCCACUUCUGGUUCCAAGAGAAACCAUGUCCAACAACUUUAAGCUCAACGGUUAUGACAUUUACCCCAAAACACUAGUCCAUGUCAAUGUCUGGGCGAUUGGGCGAGAUCCCAAUAUCUGGAAUGAGCCAGAAGAAUUCUUCCCAGAGAGGUUUAUCGAUAGUUCAGUUGAUUUCAAAGGACAACAUUUUGAGUUCUUGCCCUUUGGCGCUGGUCGGCGUGGUUGUCCUGGUAUGCAAAUGGGAACCUCAAUGCUUGAGAUUGCAGUAGCGAACCUCUUGUAUCAUUUCAAUUGGGAAUUGCCCAAUGGAAUGAAUGUGGAAGACAUGAACAUGGAGGAAUCACCAGGACAAACCAUCCACAGGAAGUGCCCUCUUAAGCUUGUGCCAAUCAUCCAUAAGUGGCCAACAGAAGAUUAA